GUCUGACGCAAUUUCAACAUCUAUAAGACAGAUUUACUUUAGUGAAUUGGGAUUAUCUUUCCAAUGGAUUGAUAUGCAGAUUAUAAAUACAUUAGAUUCAUCACUCUGUGCAGUGAAAAAGUUGCCUAGUCUAAUUGAACUAUAUGUUUCUAUGUCUCAUGUGAGAACAAGAGUUGGAUCUCAUAAAAGGGCUGAGGAUAAUAAUGGAUUAUUAUAA